AUGUGGAGGCUCCUCGAGUCCGGUGGCGUUUCUUGUCCGACCGCCGGUGGGGAGGCGGAGGGUGGGGGCGGUUGUUCCACGCGAGUCUUCGACCUUGACGAUCGAGGAAAAAGGGCAAAGGAAGCAGCUGGUAGAUUACCUUAUUGGUUGUCCAAUACUUCUGCACUGUUGUGCCUUCUACAGAAGAAUCUACAGUCAAACGGAUUUUUUGGUACACCAUCUCGCUGCUGUGCUGGAGGGCUAGGUGGGAAGUUAGCCCAACUUGCAGGGCGUGGUGAUACUGCACAAGUGGAUGCUAGGUAUCCAGCCAUACUAUUCAAACAGCAGCUAACAACAUGUGUCGAAAAGAUCUUUGGGCACCUAAGGGAUAAUCUAAAAAAGGGAAUAUCACCUCUUCUCAGUCUUUGCAUUCAGGCUCCAAAAUCAACACGGCCUGGAAAAGCUCCCAAAGCACCAGGGGUUGGUGCUCAACAGCCAUCGAACUCCCAUUGGGACAACAUUGUCAGUUUCCUAAAUUUGCUUAUGGAUACUCUGCGUGAAAAUCAUGUGCCAUCGUUCUUUAUACGUAAGCUGAUCACUCAGUUAUUCUCCUUCGUCAACAUACAACUUUUCAACAGGUCAUUCCUUCUAUUAGAAUUUGAGUACUUGGUAUCUGUGUCUUAA